CAAUUCUGCAUUGGUCAGGCACUGGCUGGUUGGUCCCUCUCGCCGGCAGAGGGGAUGAGCCGCUGCGCGGAGAACCUGAGGGCUUUCCUAGCCCAGGUGGAGGCCAGAGCAGGGCAGGAGAAGGGGCAGCUGGCAGAGGAGUUCCAGGAAAUCAAAGCCCGGGCAGCGGCGUUUCGGCAACAGCAGAGCAUUUCAACAGAGGCCGGGGGCAACAAAGAGAACCUGAAGAAGAACCGUUACAAAGAUAUAUUGCCAUAUGAUCAGACCAGAGUUGUUCUGAACUCGAUGACAGAAGAAGGACAGACAGAUUAUAUCAAUGGCAACUUCAUCCAGGGUGUGGAUAAUAAGCGAUGCUACAUCGCAACACAAGGGCCUCUUCAGAACACGGUGUUUGACUUCUGGCGCAUGGUUUGGCAAUACAAGGUCAAGGUGAUUGUCAUGGCCUGCCGGGAAGUGGAAAUGGGCAAGAAAAAAUGUGAGCGUUACUGGCCUUUGGCGGACGAGACUUUGCACUUUGGACCUUUCUCCGUAGCACAGGCUAAAGAACAGGAACUCAAUCCAGAUGUCAUUCUGCGGAUGCUUACUGUGACUUUCCAGAAGGAGGAACGGACGGUCUCCCAUUUCCAGUACGUGGCUUGGCCAGAUCGGGGGAUCCCCGACACCUAUGGCUACUUCCUCAACAUGAUUGAACAAGUGAGGUGCAAGCAAGGCAAUGACAGCGUUCCCAUCAUCGUGCACUGCAGCGCAGGCUGCGGCCGAACGGGUGUGAUCUGCACGUUGGACUACAUCCGGCAGCUGCUGCUGAAACAGAGAAUCCCUCCACACUUCAGCAUUUUUGAUGUCAUCCUAGAAAUGAGGAAGCAGCGGCCGGCUGCCGUUCAGACCCAGGAGCAGUACGAGUUUGUAUAUCGUGCGGUCAUAGAAAUAUUCCGGACUAACUUGGGCAUCUCUGUCCCAAACUACGAAAACCUCAAGGAGAACUGUCUUCCUCUGUAUGACGACGUCCUCUCCUUCCGACACCCAGCGGUGCCCCUGCUCAAACGAAACACCAUCCUACGGAGCAUUUCAGUGCCCACCGAUCCCACCCUUGCAGCCCUUCCGGAACUGCCUCCCAAGAUGGGAGACACCUACGCGGUAGUGAACAAGUUCCGGCAAAGCGGAGGACAGGUUUCUCCCGCUGGUGAGGCUCGGCAAGAUGGAGAUGCACCCUUGUAUACCUCGGUGAAGCCUCGGGCCAAUAACGUCUCGGAUGGCUCAGCAAUUGAUCCAAACGCCUUCUUGGGAUUGCAAGCCAGCCAUUCGCUGCCCGGAAGCCCCCUAAGGAGGCCACCUCCCAGUUUAGCCUGUGAAUACGCCUCUGUUAACACAUCUGCUCCAGCUGAUGUCACCUCCAGAACGACCACUUCCCCAUCUCAUUCUAACGGACUUGGCAAAACCUUCCUGCGGAACUUGAUGCCCCCGGUUUUUGCUUUAUCAUCUGGGAAGAAAGCUCUGACAUCACCCCGGAAUAUCCCCCAACAAGCAUAUGAAGAUGUAGGCGAUCCUGUUUCCCGAAGCGUCCCAAGCACGAUGGGGUCUUCCACCAAUCCAAUGGGGUUUAACUUCCGCAUCGGGAAGCCGAAGGGACCGAGAGACCCUCCCACUGAGUGGACCCGAGUAUAAGCGGCACUCGGCUGGGGGGAAAAGAUGGACGCUGCUUCUGCCACGGGGCUGAAUAGAGUGGUCUGAACUGCCAUCCCAUUUAGCCCUGCAUGAGGGAGUGGAUGUACAGUGUACAAUCAGCAAAUUGCCCCAGGGGACUGCCAACACUUUGGCAGACUUGGAAACUGGAAAAGAAGGAAGCCAGAAGUGUGAGCCUGGGAAGUCUCCGACCAAGAAAUAUGGAUUCUUCUUCUAAACGGGGAGGGGCCCAGAUGAGACAACUGUCUAUCCCACUUCAGCAGGUCUCAAGUGGUCCCGGGGUCCAAGUAUGAGAUUACCCUUGAAUAUUUUAGCCGGCAAACAUUCCCAACUUCUGUGCCUCAAAUUAAACACGUUCCUCAUCGGCCUGAACAGA